ACAAAACAAAAACAGAAGAUGUUACAUUGUAGCUAAAUAAACUUGCUAGCUAGUUAACAGUAAACAGCAACUUUGAUUGCAGAUUAAUAAAAACAAUACAUAGCCUACAUUUAUUUUGUGGUAAUGUAUUCAGUGCUGUAAUAAUCUAAUAAUUUUAACUCGGGUAAUUAAUGUUGUGUCAUGUCAGUGUGUUUUAUUUAUUUAUUCACUAACCGUGUAAGCACGAUACAGUCAGUUCACGUCUUGGAUCCUGUAAGGGUUUAUUUUGCGAUAAUGGCCGACUGAAUGUUUAUUAUCUUUUACAUACAUCCUUCAAAGGGUCAAUGAAAUGGUAAAAACACAGAGCCUCUUUUGUGUGUGUGUGUCAAUCGAGGAUGCAUUGUGUGGGAGGUGAUUAUUUGGCCAUGAGCAGUAGGACACGCCCAAGGGGUGUUACCACAGAUCACAGAUACUACACAAAAUUACAGUGCGCACGUACUGUGUGUGCCAGAGAGAAGUAUGACCGAAGAGACCGUGUUGGAGUUUGACAGUGCAGACUGGACCUACAAGAUCUUACCAUGACUUUCUCAAGGAAUCCCUUUUGCACUUUUUUCCUUUUUGCUUUGUUGUUUUUUUCUUUAACAGUUAUUCUGAAAAAAUGGCACUUUGGUCUCCAGGAGAACAAACCUUUUGGUGAUGCUGCCCGCCCAGAUGGUUUAACUCCAGAGCGCGACAGAUUGCUCCAACAACUUAAGGAAAGACAACAAGAACUUGAGCUCCUGGACAUCACAUUUGAUAAUAUACAAUCAUCAGAAGGGUUUAGGGAUCUACAUUUAUCCACAAAUCACAGUGUGAACUAUAUCAAUGCUACAACUGAUAUUGGUUGUGAAGAACUUAGUGGCAUGAAGGCUGUUGACUUUCUUGGUUCAGGUUACACUAAAACAGUGUUAAAAGCGGAGUUGUCGCAAGGAUUGUUUGUGGCACUGAAAUCCGUAAACCAUCAAGGCACUGACAUGAGAUUGUGCAUGGACGAAUUUCAAGAUUCACAGGGUUGUCAUGAGCUGGUUUCUUUCAAACUGAGGAAGGAGAUUGUGUUAUUGCAGAGACUGCAGCACCCCAAUAUUGUAGAGCUGAAAGGUCAAUGUCAGGACAGCGCUCUGGUUGGUGGCAUCACAGCAGUUCUGGAGCAGGGGAUGCCACUUCAGAUGAUACAGCUCCUGCAGAGCCCCUGGGAAGAGCGCUUUCGGGUCUGUCUUGGUUUAGUGCGGCUUCUUCAAUAUCUGACGCACUCACCGCUGGGAUCGGUAGCCCUGCUGGAUUUCCAGCCUCGACAGUUUGUUAUGGUGUCAGGAGAACUCAAGUUAACAGACUUGGAUGAUGCAAGUAUUCAAGAACCAGCCUGUAAGGAGGACUCGGACUGCCUGCUGCAGUUUCCGCUGCGCAAUUUCACCCUUCGAUGCUCCCCCUCCAGAAUCUGUGAAGGCUUGAACGAGAUGAGGAACCUCUACAAUGCCUACAGGUAUUUUCUCACCUACCUGCUGCCUCAUCAGUCUCCCCCACUGCUAAAACCUCUCAUUCACCAAAUAAUGAACUCCACAGGGGAUUUGAAGCAAAGCAUUAAUGAAACCCUGGCCGCCUUUGAAGAGGUUUUGCAUACGUACAAAUCUGGUCUGCACCUGGAGAAUUUGCCGCCAUCAAUAACAAGAGAUUAUGCUGUCCUGAAAGGAGUGAGGAGUGGUGGAAAUAUGGAAUACAGAUGCAGGCUGUCAUACAACCAGCAGGGCUGCGUUCUGUCUGUGCACAGUGCCAGAGAGGCGGUGCUCAUCUGCAAUUCUCAUCCACAGUGUACAAGCUUCUCCCUCAGCAGUGAAAGAACUUGGACAGGUCGACUUCUUGCCUCUUUCAGAAGUGGCUUCAGCCAUCUGGUUCCAGAUGUGAACUCAGCAGUGUACAUGAGGAGGGUUAAAGCCUCGGGAGCAGUGCUUUGAGAAAGAAAAAGCCAGAAGAACUGGGGGGAAGGGGAAAGAUUCGAGACAAAUGAAUGUGUUAUAUUUAUAGGCAUCGUACUCAAUGGCUGUUUGAUCUCCCUGCCAAUCCUACACGCUGCCAAGGAGCGUUUAAAAGGAUUUCCCUUCAGGUAUAAUUAACCUGAAGGGGAAAAAAAAAAGCAGAAAGAAAAAUACAGCCUUCUAACUUUUCCUCCUGUCUUACGUUCACAUGGCAUGGUCCACUGGAAGGACAUUGAGCCUGUUUUACACUGGCUAAUGCCUGCAGGAGGAAAAAGAAAACAAGCUCUUUCACAGAUUUACUUUGAUGUUAAUGAGGCCAGAAGUUUGUAGCGUUUUGCUGGAUGGCAGUGUGUGCCGAGAAUCGUGUCAAUAGGCGGAAAAGUGCUGAAACCACAAAAGUGCAGGAAUGUUUAGUAGGAGCCAUUGUCCUUCCUGUAUUAACGGAUAUAUAUCUAGAUUUAUCAGAGGUAUGCCAUACUUCAUCCCAUGGGUGUGUCCAUUUUCUUGUUCUUUCAGAGAAAGAGAUAUUAAUGUUAUUAUUUGUGUGGAUAUGUUCGUUCUACACUCUGUGUUUUGCUUUAUUCGUUUUUAAUACAAACUAAGUAAAAAAAAAACAGUUUGUCUUUGUGUUUCAUUACUAUAAGGACAGUUUAGUAUUUCUGAUCAUGUUAACAGAAACCUUUUUGCCAUAACUACUUUCAAUGUUAUCAGUACAUUCUGUUAAUUCACUUUUCAGGUGUGAAAUCAACCGUCGACCUUUCCAUUCUCCCCUGCUUGCGUUUUAGCAACCAUUUCUGAGGAGACCUCCAAGCACAAAGUUUACACAAAACUUUUCCACCGCAUGCCA